AACAUAUCAUGAUCAUCCGAUAUCUUCACUCUCUUCCACUCAAUCAGAUCUCGAAACAGCCACCUCAGAAAUCUCCUUUAAAAAACCAACUUCUGGUGCUACACUUAUUCAUCCACAGUUGAAACAACUUGUGUGCUGCAAUGGCUUCCACCAAACUCUAUACUCUUUUCAUAAUCUCCACUCUUCUUCUCCACUCAACAUUCACCACCGCCUGCAGCUCAUGCAAACCCAAGCCACCCCCAUGCCCUCAGCCUCCGGCGGCUUCCUGCCCCAAGGACACCCUGAAGCUCGGCGCCUGCGCCGAUCUGCUCGGCCUCGUUAACAUAAUCGUGGGAACCCCUCCUUCGAGCAAGUGCUGUGCUUUACUUCAAGGGUUGGCUGAUUUGGAAGCUGCACUUUGCCUCUGCACCGCCAUUAAAGCUAAUGUACUAGGGAUCAACCUCGAUGUUCCUGUUACUCUUAGCUUAAUCCUCAGUGCUUGUCAGAAGGAGGUUCCUGCAGGGUUCAAAUGUGCAUAAUUUGUCUGUUGUUUUUAUGUUUAUUUUCUGGUGUUUGCAAAAUGGGUGUCUGUUUUUAUUGUUUGAGUAAGUUAAACAUUUAGUUCCUCAA